GAGGAGGUUUAAGUCACGUGUAUAUUGCAAUUAGUUCCUGUGGAUGCUUUAUCAGACCAAGUUUUGGGGUCGCUGAAGUCCAAAGAGAUUACCGUCACGGGCCUCGCGCCUGUUUCCCCAGCACAUUCUAAGGUGGGAAACCCAAGAUUUAGGGAUGAGUUUGCUCCAUUGGGGGAGUGAGUUCUCUGCUUCUCGCAUGGUGGAAAGGACCUCCGAGAACGCAGUUUCCAUGGAUCUCAAUAGUGCCAGCACUGUUGUUCUCCAGGUCUUAACACAGGCCACGAGUCAGGAUACCACUGUGUUAAAACCAGCUGAGGAGCAGUUGAAACAAUGGGAGACACAGCCAGGUUUCUAUUCAGUGUUGCUGAAUAUUUUUACAAACCAUACUCUGGAUAUAAAUGUAAGGUGGCUUGCUGUGCUAUAUUUCAAAAAUGGAAUCGAUCGGUACUGGAGACGAGUAGCACCUCAAAUGUCAGAUAGAGGAAAAUUGACAGAGAGAGGUGUUUUAAAAUUUUUAGAUGAAUCAGAAGUUGGAUGCUUUCAAAGACACCUAGAGAAGCACUCUAGACCUAAUGAUGGUGAAAUUGUCUGUGAAAUCUCAGCCUCCAAGUCUUCAGAUGAUGAGAUCUUAGUUGAAUUAUCUGAACCUCAAGAAUGGAUUAGUGAACAAUUGCUCCGUAAGUUAACUGUUAAUGGAUUUGUGGAACCGCAUAAGAAUAUGGAGGUGAUGUUAGCUUCUGGAAUUUAUAAUUUUGCCUGCUCUCUGUGGAAUCAUCAUACAGACACAUUCCUUCAACAAGUGUCUUCUGGCAAUGAAGCUGUAGUUCUAAGUUCACUAGAACGAACUCUGCUAUCAUUAAAAGAUAGCAGCCCUGAAACCCUUGAAGCUCAUAAGAUUAAGAUGGCAUUCUUCACAUAUCCCACUUUGACAGAGAUAUGUAGAAGAUUAGUCUCUCAUUAUUUUCUGUUAACUGAAGAAGAACUGACAAUGUGGGAAGAAGACCCAGAAGGCUUUACGGUGGAAGAAACAGGAGGAGAUUCUUGGAAAUACAGUUUGAGGAAAUGGGAAAAGAUCUUGAAAGUGAAAGCUACCUUUUUUUGGCUAGAGAGAUUUUUACUUCCUCGAAGGCCCACCAAUGUGGAAGAUAUGAAUGCACUAUUAAUCAAAGAUGCUGUGUAUAAUGCUGUUGGAUUAGCGGCUUAUGAGCUGUUUGACAGUGUUGAUUUUGAUCAGUGGUUUAAAAACCAACUUCUUCCUGAAUUACAAGUCAUCCACAAUAGUUCACCUGUUGAUGAUUUUGAGUUUAGAACGGAUCAGUUUCUACCGUAUUUGGAAACCAUGUUCACACUACUUUUUCAGUUACUGCAGCAAGUUACAGAAUGUGACACAAAGAUGCAUGUUUUACAUGUCCUUUCGUGUGUGAUUGAAAGAGUCAACGUGCAGAUACGACCGUAUGUAGGAUGUUUGGUGCAAUAUUUGCCUCUUCUUUGGAAGCAAAGCGAAGAACACAAUAUGUUGAGAUGUGCUAUUCUGACAACGCUUAUUCAUCUUGUUCAGGGAUUAGGAGCAGACAGCAAGAACCUGUACCCUUUCCUGCUCCCAGUUAUUCAACUGAGUACAGAUGUUUCCCAGCCUCCACAUGUUUAUCUUCUGGAAGAUGGUUUAGAAUUAUGGUUAGUGACUUUGGAAAACAGUCCAUGUAUCACACCAGAGUUACUUCGUAUAUUUCAGAAUAUGUCACCACUUCUUGAACUAAGUUCAGAAAGUCUCAGAACCUGCUUUAAGAUCAUCAAUGGUUAUAUCUUUUUAUCAUCAACAGAAUUUUUACAGACAUACGCAGUAGGUCUGUGUCAGUCCUUUUGUGAGCUGCUAAAUGAAAUUACUACAGAAGGUCAAGUUCAAGUGCUCAAGGUUGUGGAAAAUGCCCUUAAAGUGAACCCAGUAUUAGGCCCGCAAAUGUUUCAGCCGAUUCUACCCUGUGUUUUCAGAGGUAUUAUAGAAGGGGAGAGGUAUCCUGUAGUGAUGUCGACAUAUCUUGGCGUCAUGGGUCGGGUCCUGCUGCAAAACACCAGUUUCUUCUCCUCACUCCUUACUGAGAUGGCACAUAAAUUUAAUCAGGAGAUGGACCAGCUUUUGGGAAAUAUGAUUGAAAUGUGGGUUGAUCGCAUGGACAACAUUACCCAGCCUGAAAGAAGAAAACUUUCAGCUUUGGCUUUGCUUUCUCUUCUGCCAUCUGAUAAUAGUGUUAUCCAAGAUAAAUUCUGUGGGAUUAUCAACAUCUCAGUGGAGGGCCUCCAUGAUGUCAUGACGGAAGACCCUGAAACAGGAACUUAUAAAGACUGUAUGUUGAUGUCUCAUCUGGAAGAACCAAAAGUAACAGAAGACGAAGAACCACCCACAGAACAGGAUAAGAGGAAAAAAAUGCUGGCCCUGAAGGACCCGGUACACACAGUGUCACUGCAGCAGUUCAUCUACGAGAAGCUCAAGGCACAGCAGGAGCUGCUGGGAGAGCAAGGCUUCCAGUCCCUCAUGGAAACUGUGGACACAGAGAUCGUCACCCAGCUACAGGAGUUCUUGCACGGCUUCUGAGCCACACGACAUUGGCUGCUCCCCUCCCUGAAACAAAGCCAGGGAACCCAGCCUGCUGUCUGUGUGCCGGAGCCUGCUCAGGCGAUCAAGUCCCUUGUGUAUGAAAAUAACGAAGAGAAGACCACACAUUUUUUACUAUGAAAUUCAGCAAAUAAAUGUAAAUCCUGCAUAAUGAAAAUCACAAACCUAUUCCUCAAAAAGAAUUUAAUUUUAUAUUUAUGAGGGGCCCUGUGUUUACUAGAGAUAGAUUUGAUGACAAUAGCUGCUUAGUUUCCUGUUGAGAGAAGAAACUGUUUGAUAACCUUUUAAUCAUGUGCUCUUAACAUUUGAGAAGAUGAAGGGUGAUGUCUGAGAUGUUAUUCUGCAACCAAAAUUAGUUAAAUUUGGCUGCCUUAUCCCUUUUUUAAGCUAAUGAAACUACCAGUUUGAAAAAUGACAAAGCUGUUCAGAUGCAAUUAAAGAAAUCUGUGCACCCAGGCAAAACUGUAUAAAUAGUGACAUAUACAUCACUGAGAUUAUCUUGCAAGGGAGUUCCUUUCAUCUGACAAAGAAGACAUGUUUUAUCAGACAAAUGCUUUUAUUUUCAUUCUAGUAAUUUGAUACAGGCAUUAGUAAAAGGAUUUUUUUUUUCAUUUUCAGUAAUUACAUUUAGUCUGUAAAUGCACAUUGUAAGGCCCACAGAUGUGAGCCUGUGGUACUGCGAUUUGGUCCUAGCUCCUUUGUUAUUCCAAGGGCCAGGAGCCCUGGGAGCACCAAGAAGACCCAGGCAGCCUGCAGGCCCCAUGCUGUGACCUGGCUUUGACAGGAUGGUCAGCACUUACCCUUCUCAGGCUCCUCAGUGCUGGGUGCAUCAGGGCCUCAUGAUGUGGGUGUAGCUCGGAGGACCCAGCAGCAACCCCCAGGGUACCAACUGAUGAGACACGUCUUCCUUUUUCUCCUCCAACAUGCAGUACCAAAAAAGGGGGAAAAGGAGAAAAUAAAGCCUUACUUUGUUUUACUUGCCAUUUAUUAUAAGGAACGUUUAAAGCAUUUUCAAGGAAAUACUCAAAAGCAAAGUUGGAAAAUGUCUGAUCUUUCUAUAGAAAGUUGGGAACAGUAUGUAACUGCAGGAAACCCGCUGCCCCUUUGUAAGCUGUGGAACCCAAAAUGUAUGAAAAUAUUGGAUGUUUUUGGCAAGGGAAAGAAAAUGUGGUCCAAAUUAAAUUUUCCAAAGAGA